AUGUUCUUCUUCUGUCUACAAGGUAUAUCAGGUAUUUUAUUGUUAAAUGAGCUACCCCAAAUGAAUGCAAGUGAAAGUUCAUUGAAUGAGGUUGCGAGUGAAGGUCUAAACGCGCCAGACACCAUGGCGGAUUUUAUUUUAAACUCAAAAAUGCCUAUUGUUGAAGUUGUAGUUCCUUUCAGCAUAGAUAUUACUCCCCCUAAUUGGUUAUAUGAGAAUUAUACUGAUGGAUCUGGGGGAACAAAUGGGAAUACAACGGAAACUUCUUCAUCUCAUGAAAUCACGGCUUCUGAUACAUUAACAAACAAGAAGGUUUCUUCUAAUAAGAAGAAUUUGAAGCUGGAGACGGAAGAUAGUACGACUAUUCAAGAAAAGAAACUCUCUGUUAUGUCUGUAGGAAAGUUAGAAAAAUCAGUCGUAAGUGCACGUGAAACAAACAAAAAAGAAAAACUUGUACGUUCGUGGCUUUUAACUCCUUUGUCACAAAAGGAUAUGGAUCAUGAUAGAAAUGAAGAAAGUUGGAUGGAUACUCUUAUGCAUCUUGCUGAAGACAAAAUUUACUUAUUCGGUUUUUAUGAACGUGCAGAGCGUGAGGAAUCUCUUCUUGAGAAGCGAUCAAUACGUAGAAAACGGGGAAAAGUAUUAGAAAAUACUCAAGCUUCAAAGCGACGGAACACUAAUGGGGAUUCUCAGGUAACUUCAGAUUUUGGACCCGUUUCUUUUUCUUUUGUUCGAUGGUCACAUGAUCAUGGAUUGAUAAAUACAGAACCUGAUACUGUACUACCCAAUCCUCUUGAAAGUACCUCUAUACUGACCCCUGAUGAAAAAAAUACUUUCUCACGAUACGCAUUGAGUAGUGGUAAAUUGCGUAAGGAAUGUGCUGAUCCGUAUCAGUUUCUUACUGCACGUAUAGUAGAACUUCGUCACAAUUUGGAAGAGCGAAUUGCUUCUGGUUUUAAAUGUGAAGAAAGAAGCAAAGGAGAUGUGUAG